UCAAUAAAGUAGCGUCAGGUUGAAUCAAAAUUCUAUAUAGAAAACGGAGGAACUUCUCGUUUGAAUACUUGUAAAGGAUGACAUCACUAAGCGGGGCUACUUGAAAAAUUGCAAAUGGAGGGGGAGGGGGGUGCACACGUGUUCAGAAUGGGGAAGGCAAGUUCGCAAUCCUGUCAGAUCGAUUGCAGGCUGGGAGGAGGAGGAGGAGCGCGGGGGAGCGCAACUAUCAUCUCAAACAUCACCAUCACUCACACGUCUCUCUAGCGGUUUGCCUGCCGGACCCGAGUGAGUGGCAUCGUGAAGGAACAUUCGCUUAAUAACGUUACCAGCUCCUUUGAAAGACCAUUAAGGCAACAUUUAUUCUAACACAGCCCGUUUGGAUUUAUUCAUACUUUUACCGAGUUUGGUCGGUAAAAGAACAAAUAAUGACUUGGCUUUCUUCUGGCCUCAUUUUGGCUUCCGCUUGGCUUCAAACACUUGGCGAUGGAGAUCGCUAAAAUGACAUAUACUGACCAGGUGCUGGCAUAAACUCCUGGCGAUCACAGCUUGCCCGUGAGACUGUCACCUCUGUUCUGCUCUUGGCGAAGCCGGAGCCUGCGAGAUGGACAAGAGGCAUUGGGAGCUGACCUGCAGUUGGGAAUCAUAACCACGGGAGGGACGAGAAAAGUCUUCACCGAUCGCCUUUUCAUUAACUCCCCAGGCUACAAUAUAUAUCGUCAGAAUGACAUCCACUGUAUAGACGCAGUGGUGUGUUGUGUGUGAGCGGGCAAGAGGUAGUUGAAGUGGAAGAGGACUCGUGGAGAGCCAUGGCUGCCUCUGCUCUGCCGUAGAGCGCCUGUCAGCAGAGAGGGAAACUGCUGGAGCUGAGAACAGAGAACUGAAGGAGGAUGAAGCUGAAGGGGAGGUCAGUGCAGUGGCCACUGCAGGUUGUCCUCCUUAUCGCCGUGGUGAUAUUCUACUGCCGGCCGGUGUCUGCGGGCAAUCGUUACCUACGGGGACAGACUGCCCACUACCAGGUGAAGCAGGGUACAUGUGAGGUGGUGGCCAUCCACCGCUGCUGCAAUAAGAAUAAGAUCGAGGAGCGCUCCCAAACUGUCAAGUGCUCCUGCUUCCCAGGCCAGGUCGCCGGGACGACACGGGCUAAGCCCUCCUGCGUGGAAGUAUCCAUCGUGGCGCAGAAGUGGUGGUGUCAGAUGCACCCGUGCAUGGAUGGCGAGGAGUGUAAAGUGCUUCCUGAUCUCACUGGCUGGUCCUGCAGCACCGGAAACAAAGUCAAAACCACCAAGGUCACACGAUAGCAAGAAAAUAGUUGACCAUCAGCUGGAUCUACAGUGUAAAGCUAAGACCAUCAACCACAUUGAAAAGAGAGAAGACUGCCCGUCUGGAUUAGACCAUCCUUGUAGCUUUCUGGUGGAUUACGCAACCAAACCAACAUGGGCAAAGACUCCUCCUGGAUGGGAACGAAACUGUGAACAAAAUGGACCAGAACCCACACAACGUGUUUGUGUGAGGCACCAUGCGCAAUACAUCAGCUCUCUUUAUCUAAUGGAUACCACGAACAGUUAGGGUGAGCGUUAGAGUCAUCAUCCACUCCUGGCGACCAGAGACGCUCUUAAGGCAAGACUGCUGCGUCCUGACAGGUUUUGAAUGUGCAUUCUUCCUCUCUCUCUUUCUUUCUCUCUCUCUCUUUCUGUCUGUCUCUCUCUCCGCCUCCACCACUGCGAGAGUGUUUAUGGAACAGUGCUUGGAUGUCCUUUAGAGGCGGGAAGCUGUCGAGUUGUACCGCUCUGAGCCUUCUCAGCCAGAAUGACUUUAUAUUCAUGAGCAGGGACGCAGAACACACAGAAGGCGUGAAUCACAAAUUAUUGUCAAAUUGCUCUUGUGGGUCAAGUCACAAUAAUGUUUUUUUCCCCCUCUUUCUCUUUUUUUUUUCUGGAAGUCAUUUUGCAGUUCUAAUUAGUGUUGCUGAAUAGAAUUAUAACAACACAUUAAAAAUGUAUGUAAGAUAUUUGCACUAGUUUAAACCAUUUGGAAGAAAAUGUUGUUUUUCUAGCUCUUCUCCCGUCUUUCGCUGUGGGUGUCACAUACAAUUAAAGAGAGAAACAUUUUAUAACAUUGCUGCCUCUGAUGUUGAAGUAGGGCUGCUAGUUCCUAGUUGCUGGUAAAAUACAAGUAAA